AUUGGCAGGCAUUUAUGGUGGGUAUUACCAAAGCUAUAACGACUUGUGGGGAUUUGCCACUUGUAUAUUGAUAUCUUAAAAAGGCUUUAAAAACUAGUAUGGCCUGCAUUAUACUCAGCAUUUUCAACCACAAAGCUCGAUCAGCAGGUCCGGCUGUGUCCUAAACAAAAUUCUGUCCAAUUUGUCACAAUACAAGAAGGACUUCUUCAAAUCUUGGUACCAUUUCGGAUUGAAACGCAAUCAAACAGUUCGUCCAUCUGAUCACUCUAGCUGAAGAUACUGAACUCGUCAUUUCGAUUACAACAAAAGACAUGGCUGUUUCCCGGAACGAAGAUAACACACAAAAGGGUCUUCAAACCUUGGAAGAAAGCCUCUCUGAGAUGCCCUUGAACAUGCGGCUUUUCUCACUCUCGAUGCGUUCUUUGUAUGCUGACAAAGCAGUUGGAGGGGGCAGCCAAGCUGCUGUAGACUUCCGAAAGCUCCGUGACAACACACGGGACGACGCGAUGGUUUAUCUAAAAGGAGUGCUUCCGGUGGCCACCAAGUUCGUUUCCAACAUCAGUGAGUUCUUCGAGUUUUACACUGCUCUUUCGUACGAAGAAUGGUGCGACAUGUUGAAAGAUAUCACACAGGAAAUAAGCAGCUAUAAGGGACUUGCGGUGAUCCUAGUGCAGAUGCACCAAGAUAUACUGGUACCGCUAAAGAAAAGAGAAGACGACGCCACUGUGAUUGUCAAAUCACUCCAAAACCUACAAGCGGAGUACGACAAGAAAAGAAAAGAGCUCGAAAGUUCCGCUGCAACAAAAAGCGGAUGGGCAAUUGGGCUGUCAUUUGUUCCCUUUAUAGGCGCUAUAGCAGGCCCAGUGCUAGCUGCCUCCGCAAACAGUGACCUCGCAGAAGCAGUCGCCAAAGGAGAAGAGUGCUACAUUCAGGAAAGAGCCGCCAUUGCGAUCAAGGAAUGUCUCGUCCCUGCCCUCAAAAACUUCAUCGGUGGUCUUGAGGCUGCAGCCGGUUUCUUUUCUGUCAUGGAGAAUGAGCUGGCGAAGUUUGAGGGCAAAGCCAACAAAGCCUUAGAAAAUAAACUGAUGCUUCAUUACAAAGUGAUGAAGACAGAAGCCGAAAAGAUGGAUGGGCUGUGCAUGAAAUUCCACGCUGUUCUACCGGCCGUCCGUACUGAUUUUCUCGCCAUCCCUACGACUGGAACCGACAAGUCCUACGUUGAUAAGUGGCUUGAAGAGCAGAAGAAGGUCAUCAAAAGAAAGCUAAAAGAUAAGGCUGGGGGUAUCUUAAAGGCCAUCAAAGAUUCUGACCCUGCUUCUGAAAAUUAACUUUAACGAAGCAGAACGGAAUAUCGCGGGCUGAAAAUCCUCUUUUGUAUAAAGCACUGGCGUACAUUAUUGGGCUCGCGGGCAUGCCCCCCCCCCCCCAAAAAAAAAAAAAAGUUUCACAACCGAGGAAACAAAACAGAAACGGAAAGAAAUUGAAAAUUAAAGAGGAUGGAAUUUUAUGGUAUUUUCUAUGUCAUGAAAAUCUUUACCGAAAUUAGAUUUUGGUAGUAAAAGGUCAAAUUGUUCUGUCUUGCAACGUUAUAGAAAUAUUUCACCAUAUGGCACAUCUGACUCCUAAAAUUUUUGGAUCCAUUGCGAUCUGGUAUAGACGACCAUUCCCACUCCCUUUAAAUCCCUUGAGGAAUGAAAUAUUGCAUGUUUUAAUCAGCACAUGCCCAUGCAGCGAUGGAUUGGGGGUACUUGAUCCCCAAAGUUCCAAGAUGAAAAAGAAAAUGAGACCAAAAAAACACAAUAAAUAACUUCAAAAUGAAACCUUUCUCCUCCCCCCCCCCCCCUUACAUACAGCCUUAUUUUCGAUAUCGAUCCACCUUAGUUGCGAGCAAGAUAAACUAAAAAGAAAAUCUGUUUUCACCACAUCCAUAUUGCACCUUCCCAGUGGCGUACCUAGGAUUUUCCACAGGGGGGGGGGGGCAAAUCGGCCGCAAAAAAAGGUCUUCAAUCAAAAAUAAAGGUUUUCGUACCAGAAAAAAAAUUGACAAGCAAAAAAAAAAAAAGGUCUUCAAGCUCGUCAGGGAGGGGGGUAUGGUUUUUGUAUGGGUUGUGGCUCGUCAGGGGGGCAGACUGCCCCCCCCCCCCGUAGGUACGCUAGUGCACCUUCCUUUGGCUUAGCAAAAACAUUUCGUUACAAUUGCCAGCCACUGAUCUGUUUAUCAAACACACACACAUAAAAAGCACCUCAUCUGAAAUUGUGACUGUACAAGGUUUUUUUUUCUUAUAUGGGCAUCAUGAUUUAUGGCGAAAAAGUCCACGCUUUUUUAAGUCAAAUUGCUAUCAUUUGAAUUAUUAACUUGAUUGGUGUGCAUUUGUAUUUGUAUAUGUUUUCCAUUUAGGGCAUUAUCUAAAAUGUCUUUGGCACGAAGUUGCGGCUUAUUAUUGAAAACACUUAAAGAUUAUACGACAAUACACCAGACGUUGGACUGUACUGUUUCCAGAAGAAGAAGAAGAAGAAGAAGAUUGCAAGUUAAAGGAUGUUCGGUAUUAUAACAUUGUUGUCUAGAAAUCGGAAGAUAUUUUAUAUCUUUAGAAUGAAGUUUAAUAUUUGCAUCAAUUUAUUGUUAUUUUAAUUGGCCUAUAAUACGUAUAAUAAUAGGCCUAUGCGGUGCGAAAAUGAAAUCUUGUGUGUGCGGUUUUUUUUUUUUUUUUUGGGGGGGGGGUAGGUAGUUUUUGUAUGCCUUGGUAUUUUCUGGUCUUCAGAUGGCGUUGACUUCGGUGGUGGCAUUUGACUAGUUUGCAGCACAGACCCUGAUUGGAACUUUCAGUACACAAGGCAUGAGUAGGCUGCACAUUCAGACCCUUAACUCGAGUGAAGCCGAAAAGAUGGAUGGGCUGUGCAUGAAAUUCCACGCUGUUCUACCGGCCGUCCGUACUGAUUUUCUCGCCAUCCCUACGACUGGAACCGACAAGUCCUACGUUGAUAAGUGGCUUGAAGAGCAGAAGAAGGUCAUCAACAGAAAGCUAAAGGUUAAGGCUGUUGGUAUCUUGAAAGCCAUCAGAGAGCAUGACCCUGCUUCUGAAAAGUAAAAUAGACGAAGUAGAACGGAAUAUCACGCGCUGAUAUAAAAUCAUCAACAGGGCCUAUAUUACUGUUGAACAUGAUGUCAAAAUACAUCAGGAGUUCAUGUUUUUGUACUAAAAAUGUCAAGGGUUUCUAGUUUGAAACUAUUUAGAAACUUUGUCCCAUAUUGGCCCAUCUGGCCUCCUCGAAAUUGUUGGCCCAUUGCAUAACUCAAAACAUGACAGUGCACCUGUGAUUUCCUGGGGAGAAUUUGGCAAAACAGAUCAGUCCGUUUCAAAUCUUGGUCUCUUUGAGCUGCAUUCAAAACAUACUGUUUGAAGUUGCAAAUAUUUGUAUAUAUUAUGUCGCUUUACAUCGCAUCGUAUUUCAUAAUGAUAAACUAAAUCAGUUUGGUUUAAUACAGACCAAAACAUGCUGGUAUAUGCUAGAGGCCCCUUCUAUACAAAAGAAUUACAAACAUUUCAUAUUAUUUUUGCUGAAGUGUCUAAGAUUUGUAUUAAAAUAGGACACAGUUGUUUUUCUUUCAUUUCUUAACAUAUAAUGUUUUGAAGGUUUACUUGGUGUUAUUGAGAAUAUAAAAGAUAAUAAUGCUUUAUCAAAUCAUGUGAUAAUUUUGAUAAAAAUAUGAUUUACACUAAUCGUAAACUGGGGAGUGUUCCCACAUGUAGGUAAAUACGCACGAAAUACAUUGACGCUGCACCAUACUAAAUUGAAAAUGUUUCCCUGUCGUAUGUUAAUGUCGUAAGUCAAUUAUAUUUUAGUUUUUAUUUUAUUACAUUUAACUCCAUGUCACUUCCCUCUUUCAUUUUUUUUCUUUCACUGAUCUUCACCCAUCAAAGUCAAUUGAC